UUCCCCUCCUUCACCCAAACCCAAACCGCUCUCCCCUGCACUCUCUACCACUGCGCACACACUUCUGACUUCUGACUUCUCCCAUCCAUGGCCACGCUGCAGCUCAACCACAUCGCGCGGGAGACCGCCGACGUGCGGGGCCUCGCCGCCUUCUACGAGGAGGUGCUGGGCUUCGAGCGCGUCCCGGCCCCGACCUACUCCGGCUUCCAGGUCGCAUGGCUCCGCCUCCCGGGCACCCCCGACGUCGCGCUCCACAUCAUCGAGCGGGACCCGGCCACCGCGCUCGCCUCCUCCCCCGGCGCCCUCGGCGCCCCGCCCGACCAGCUGCCCCGGAGGCACCACCUCGCCUUCUCCGUCGCCGACUACGACGGGUUCGUCACCGUGCUGAAGACACGCGGCACCCACGUCUUCGAGAAGACGCAGCCCGACGGCCGCACCCGCCAGGUCUUCUUCUUCGACCCCGACGGUAAUGGCCUAGAAGUUACAAGCUCAAGCCCAAGCGAUAAGUAACGUGGUAGCACCAUAUGAUCAUGCUUCCUACUUCUGCAAUAACCGUGUAAAAUGAUGAGUUCAGCCAGAGUGAUGCUUGAGACUGAGAUGAUGGAAGCUGCAGAAUAUUAGGGAGCAUUUCAGGAUCAUGUUUUACUUUCAAAUAAAUAAUGGGCUUACUACCUGAGCUGAUGUAUGUCUGUCCCCAUAGUUGUAACGUGAAUUGAUGAAUAUGUAUAUCUGUCACUGAAUGGUGUUGUAUGUUACUAGUAUAUCAAGUUCUGUUAGCUCUGUUCU